GAGAGAGAGAGAGAGAGGGAGGGAGGGAGGGGGUUUGGUAGUUUUCCCCACUUGAUUUUAAACGGCUCUCCCGGUCCCGAUGUCUGUCGCGCGGGGAACCCUGAGCUUUGCCGCUUGACGUUUUGUUAAUCGAAAGGUUUCUCUUUCCCGACCCCAAAGCCCCGGGAUACCGUAGCUGUGAGUGUGUGAGUGUGUGUGUGUGUGUGUCUGCGAUUGAAUGGUAAAGACAGUGUGCCGAGAGCACAGUUAAAAUAAAGACGUCCAGACAGAGAGCGGCAGAGGAGGAGGAGGAGGAGGGAGAAAGACGCGAUCCACAGCAAUGAGGUUGAAACUGGGUUUCAUUUUACGGAGUUUGCUGAUCAUCGGAACUUUCCUGGGUCUGAUCGUGGUCUGGUCCAGGCUCUCGCCUCAGAGCGACGAGGACAACCCUUUCGAGCGGCUGAUGCCAGGAAGAGAUAUCAACAACCACCUGCCAAACGUUCAAGGUAAUGGACAUAUUCUUGGCAAUGACAGAUUUCAGCCUGUUGUUCCUUGGCCUCACGUUGAAGGAGUGGAAGUAGACUUAGAAUCUAUUCGACUGAAAAAUAAAAAUGUACCACAACCUGGUGGCAAUAACCAACAAAAUGCAAUACAGAAACAGUACCUCACCUUCAAACCACAGAAACAUGUUUACUCGGAUCCUGUGCUGAGGUAUGGUGUCCUGGGGAACUUUGAGCCCAAAGAGCCAGAACCUCCUGGUGUUAUCGGUGGUCCUGGAGAAGGAGCAAAGCCUUUUGUAUUGGGUCCUGAGUAUAAAGACACCAUUCAAGCAAGUAUCAAAGAGUUUGGUUUCAACAUGGUGGCUAGUGAUAUGAUCUCUCUGGACCGAAGUAUUAAUGACUUGAGACAUGAAGAGUGCAAGUAUUGGCAUUAUGACGAGAACUUGCUAACAUCUAGUAUCAUUAUCGUCUUCCAUAAUGAAGGGUGGUCGACUCUUAUGAGGACUGUCCACAGUGUUAUCAAGCGGACGCCCAGAAAAUACCUAGCAGAAAUUGUUAUGAUUGAUGACUUCAGUAACAAAGUUCAUUUAAAAGAACGACUGGAGGAAUACCUGAAACAAUGGAAUGGAUUAGUCAAAGUAUUUCGAAAUGAAAGGAGAGAAGGGUUAAUUCAAGCAAGAAGCAUUGGUGCUCAAAAGGCUAAGCUUGGACAGGUGUUAAUAUAUCUUGAUGCACAUUGUGAAGUUGGACCUAACUGGUACGCAUCACUCGUAGCUCCCAUCGCUAAGGACAGAACUGCAUGUACUGUGCCACUCAUAGAUGGCAUAAGUGGAAAUAAUUACCAGAUAUCACCUCAAGGGGGUGGUGACGAAGAUGGGUUUGCUAGAGGAGCAUGGGAUUGGAGCAUGUUGUGGAAGCGUGUCCCUUUGGCCAAGCGGGAGAAGGAAAGGAGAAAACAUAAAACUGAACCGUAUCGAUCCCCUGCCAUGGCUGGGGGGUUGUUUGCUAUUGAAAGAGAUUUCUUUUUUGAACUGGGGCUGUAUGAUCCUGGUCUUCAGAUCUGGGGAGGUGAAAACUUUGAAAUAUCCUACAAGAUUUGGCAAUGUGGAGGGAAACUGUUGUUUGUGCCUUGCUCUCGUGUUGGUCACAUAUAUCGUUUGCAUGGGUGGGGCGGAAACCCACCACCUGCUCACAUUGGCUCAUCCCCAACGUUGAAGAAUUAUGUCCGUGUUGUAGAAGUGUGGUGGGAUGAUUACAAAGACUAUUUCUAUGCAAGUCGUCCAGAAACAAAGGCCCUGGCUUAUGGAGAUAUAUCUGAGCUGAAAAAGUUUCGCGAAGAGCACAACUGCAAGAGUUUUAAAUGGUUCAUGGAAGAAAUAGCUUAUGAUAUUCCAGAUCAUUAUCCAUUGCCACCUAAAAAUAUGGAAUGGGGAGAGAUCAGAGGUUUCGAAUCUGAUUACUGCAUAGACAGUAUGGGCCAUACCAAUGGUGGAUUUGUUGAGCUGGGACCUUGCCACAGAAUGGGAGGAAACCAGCUGUUUCGAAUUAAUGAAGCUAAUCAAUUGAUGCAGUACGAUCAGUGUCUAUUGAAAGGACCUGAUGGAUCAAAAGUUAUGAUUGCACAUUGUAACAUGAAUGUAUAUAAAGAAUGGCAAUACUUCAAGGCCAUGAACAGAUUCACGCACAUUUCUACUGGCAAGUGCUUGGACCGCUCUGAAGUUCUUCACCAGGUCUUCAUAGCUGACUGUGACUCUGCAAAAACAACACAAAAAUGGGAGAUGAAUAACAUUUUAGCAGUAUAGAACCAUGUCCUAUAUGUACAAGAUCAAAAAUAAUCUGUAUAUUGCUGCAAACAAAUUAUGUACAGCUCAAAGAAUGUAAAUAUUUUUGACACCCUUUUCCUUUUGAAGGAUCUAAGUAAACUGUGAUAAUGUAACAUUCUAGUCAACCAUGCAAUUAUAAAAGUUUGUUACCUUAAAAAUUCUUAGAUGUUUACAACUUAUUCUUCAGUCAUCUUAAGAUGUGUUGUAUCUUAGUAGUAAGAUACAACUCUACUCUUUUGGGAUUACACUCAGGGGCGCUAAAAAAUGGUAGCUUUUUCUUAAUAGGUUUGUUUCAGUUAGGUAUGAUUUUUUCAGGAUUAUCUACUUUCCCGACUGGAUGAGCGCUGGAUAUUGAACUUUGGUUGUAAUUUGUAUAUUCUUUGUAACAGCCACAAAAUAGUUUCAGUGAUAUUUUUUCCAUUGUUUUUCCUAUUUUUACACGUUCAGACACAGAAACCUACAGGUGAGAUGUUAAACCAACGUGUGUUUAAGUGGAUGUCAGAUCUCAUGGUUUUGCACUAUUUCAAAGAUUCGGGAGUUCUGGCCAAUGUUUCUCUCCCAUCCAAUUUCAUUUAUGAAUUUAUUUCUGAGGUAUUGCUGGUGUGUUUGCCUGCAUAACAAUCACUGUGCUUCAAAGUAAUGUUGCUUACAGUGGUUUGAGCUGUUUUAAUGUUAUGAAUCAAAUUCAUUUAAUAGGUUCUAAUGAAUCAGAAUCUUCUAGCUCUGAGGAUGUUUUUGUUGAGUCCCACCUGUAGCUUUCCAGCAUUGUGCAUCAUUCUGUUCCAGCCCUAACCUGAUUUAUUGAACUCUGAAUCUGAUCAACAUUUCUACUAUUAUCUUCCUUAAAUGAUAUGCCACAAAAAUGUUUCAAAUCUACGUGCUUUGCUGUUAUAUAGUGAACACCUGAAAGCUUUACGCUGCUUUAUAACCACCCGACUUUAUUGCAGUAAUUAACUAAAUUAACUGAUACUAGUUAAUGAGUGCAACAUUUGUUUAACCCUAAAGACUGUGAACAAACUUCAAAUUAUCAAGUGUUCCCAAUACUUGUUAGACAAAGGAACAUGGGAAAUUAGCUGAUCUUGAUUAAAUCUGUGCCUUAUUGAAAAAUAUUUUUCUAUUAUGUACUUGAAAGUUCGUAGGGAUAAAGGUAUUUAACUUAAUAGUUGAAUGCAGCAAUUGAUUGCAGGGAAAAUAAGUUAUGUUUUUUUAAUAAAGGUAUCUCAACCACUAUCAUGUUGAUUUGUAUUGCCAUGAACUUCCACCCAGAAGCUCUAAUGUUCAUACUGUGCUUCACCAGCUGCUAUUUGUAAAUGACUGGAUAGGGGGCUCAAAAUUAUCUGUCAACAUACUUCGUUUGUGAUUGAAUAUGUUUUACUUUCCUAUUUUUGUCAGUUAAGCAAACUGUUGAUUUAUUGUAAAUACAGAUUUUCACAAAUAUCAAUUUCUGUACAAAUUGUACAAUUUGGGGGUAUUUUAAUGGAAUAAAAUUUGGGAAUUAAGAAUUGUGCUUUAGUUCUCAAAAUGCAAGGUAAA